GAUAACUAAACGUAUAUAACCUAUAUUUCUCAUGCCUAGACGUAUGUGGUGUGUUAUUUCCUGUAAAAAUUAGAAAUAUAGUCAUGGCAGACAACGAAGAAUACUUUCCCCGUGGAGGAAAGAAACCUACAACCACACAUUUCAAACAAAAUGCAAACUUUUUAGGCGCUCCCGAGAAAGGGGAGAAGAAAAGGAAGAAGCCUAAAAAGAAGUCUGAAGGAGAUGAUGGUUAUUUAUCGGACGAGGGUACGAAAGAGAUCGAUCAGUCGUUUAAAAACUGUGCAUUUGGUUUGAGCUAUAAGACAAUAAAAGAAGGUUUGCUGGUGCUAGGCAGAGUGAAGAGUGUUUUGGAAACAAAGAUAAUAGUCAGUCUGCCGUGCAGGAUGAUCGGCUCAAUAAUGGCAUGUCACAUCAGUGAGCCAUACAAUAAGUUAUUAGAAGCUUACGUUAAUGAUAAGACAGAUAAAGUACAAGACUUGCAUGAAAUGUUCCGACCGGGGCAGUACAUAGCCGUGAAAGUAUUAGAAGUAAAAGAACUCAGUCUGAUGCUCUCAGUCAUGCCGCAGCAUGUGAACGGUCAGAUGACACACAAGGAUUUGCAAAAAGGCUAUUUAUUACAAGCGGCCGUGUCUUCAGUAGAAGACCACGGGUAUGUGAUGGAUAUCGGCGUUCCAGGGACCACGGCGUUCCUGCCCAAAGCUAACACCAACAUGGAGAUGGAACUAGAUGUAGGCAUGGUAUGCUGGUGCAGCAUAAAGGCGGGACCCAGCGGAGGCAGCACCGUGGUGACGCUAAGCAAUGAGUUAUCAGCGCUGCAGAACUCCUGGCUGCGACAGAAGACCAGCGGCCCCCUCAUACCGGGCUCCAACGUGGACUUCAUAGUGGACACGCCGUUGGACAACGGCAUCGAGGGUCACGUCUUCGGAGACACCACGGCGUACGUGCAGCGGCAGCAUGCUGACUCCGUCAAAGGGAAGAAGCCAACCCUUGGACAGAAGAUUCGUGCUCGACUAUUGUACGUGAUGCCGACCCGGAAUACGCCCUUCCUCACGAUGAAGAACAUCUUCGAGUCCACCUUCCCUGAUCUUGAUGCUGAGCAGCAACUCCAAGACGGACAGAUCAUCGAAGAGGCAAAGGUGCUGAAGAUAACAGGCCGGUCGAUACACUUCCGGCUGGGGGGAGGGUGUUACGGCACCAUGAGCCUCAAGCGGAUCCAGGUGGACGAAGAUCUGACUGAUGAGGAGGUGGUGGCCAAGUCCUAUCCUAUAGGCAGCAGUCACAAAGUUCGCGUGCUUUGCUACAACUUGUCAGACUACGUGUACUCCGUGUCAGACCAGUCUGACGUUCUGACGGAGAAGUACUUCAAUUUCGAGCAGCUCAAGCCGGGGGAUAUUGUCGACGCUACUGUCAAAAGUGUGGCCGACAAUCAUGUACUACUCAACGUUGGACGAGUUUCAGGCUACGUUUCGCAAGCUCAUCUAUCUGACUCCGGAUUGCUCACUGAUACUAAAAAGUCUUCAGUUUCCAAAUUGCCUAAGAAAAAAUAUAAGCCGGGACAAUCAGUAAAGGCUCGUGUUUUGGCCGUGGACCCUGCGAAACAGACCCUGUUUUUGACCUUGAAACCUAGCUUGCUGUCACCGGACAUACAAGUUUUAGACAGUUACGGAAAAGCUGUCGUUGGAAGAGCAUAUACUGGAGUUAUUAAGCACAUAAAGGAUUAUCUUCUGGUGUCGUUCUUCAACAACGUGGUGGCUUUCAUUCCUCGACAGUACGUGACUAAGGAACCUUUAGAUGUCAUCUCCCAAGCUUUCCAUAUCGGACAAAUUGUAAACUGCACGAUAAUUAAAGUUUACCCGGAUGCUAACAAGAUGACCGGCAGUCUCACUACACAACCGUUCACGCCUACGGAAAAACGCGAAAAGCCAACGAAACGAAAACAGAAGCAAGACGAUGAAGUGCUCAAUAAAAAAACUAAAACCGAACAACCAGAGGUAAAAGACAAAAAGAAAAAACACACAGAAGUCAUAAUACAAGAAUCUGACACAGAAGAAACAAGUGAACCAGAUAACAAGAAGAAAAAGAAGAAAUCAAAAGUUGAACACAUUGAAGAAGAAGAAGAUCAGCAAGUUACCAAAAAGGAUAAGAAGAAAAAACUUAAAAAAGAAUCAACAGAUGAGAAUGCUACUACUGAGGACGAUGAAGCUCAAGUAAAAGACAAAAAGAAGAAUAAAAAGAAGAAAGACAAAGAGAUAUCAGAAGAGAGUGACGCAAUAGAGACUGACAUAAAUGACGAUGAACAAGUACUAACCCCACAAGACUUAGCUCUCAUAGACUUAACAAGUUGCGUCACCGCAAAGCAAUAUAAAAAACGCAUAGUCUCUCUUCUUAAAUCGAUAAAUAACAGAUCGAAACGUAUCAGCAGGAUCGAUAGAAAAAUCGAGAGAAUCGAAGAGAAAGGCUUAGAUCCACUGACUAAGGUUUAUCACACAGCUAUGCAUAACGACAAGCUUAUAGUGCAAGAACGAUUGGAGAAAUUAAUGGCCGCCUUGGCCGCAGCUCAGGAGAAAUUAAAAGAGCUAGGAGGGGAGUUUUCUAAGAAAGAUUAUAAGAAGGAGAAGGAAGAGAAAAAGUUGAAGAGAGAGGCAGAGAAAGGGGGAGAUGUAGUGGAGAAGUUGGAAGUGAAAGUUGCGGAGAGUUUGGAGCCGGCGUUGCAGGCUCCGAGUGUUCAGGACUUUUGGUCUGCAGGGGCGGAUAGCCUGGUGAAGAAUGUGCAAGAUGAAGAGGAUACCAGUAGUGAGGAUGAGGAGACAGAGCAGCCAAAGAAAAAGCGUAAAAAAUUGACGGUUGCCGAAAAGCUGGCUAAAGUGAGAGAAGAGGAAGAGAGAGUGAGGGAGCUGGAGCGACGCGCGACAGAGAGUGACACUCAGCCGCGCUCCGCAGAACACUUCGAGCGGGCGCUGCUCGCCAGCCCCAACUCCAGCCAACUGUGGAUCGCAUACAUGGCAUUCCACCUACAGGCUACUGACAUUGAGAAGGCUCGCAAUGUUGGCAGAAGGGCUCUGGCCGCCAUAGGCUUUCGCGAGGAUCUCGAGAAAUUUAACACAUAUGUCGCGCUCAUCAGCAUCGAGUGUCGGUUCGGGACCAAGGAGUCUUUACAAAAAAUACUGGACGAAGCUCUGCAAAUGAACGACCCCUUCAAGAUCCACUCGAAGCUACUGGACAUUUACGUGGAGACUGGUAAACAGCAGGAGCUGGUGGCUCUGGUAGACCUGAUGCUGAGGAAGUACAAGCGGGAGACCAGCGUGUAUGGCCUCUGUGGAGCCGCCUGCUUCAAACUGGGACUUGUCGAUAAGGCCAGACAGGUCAUGCAGAAAGCCAUCUCCGUUCUCGAGAAGAAAGAACAUGUACCAGUGCUAGUCCAGUUCGCGUUGUUGGAGCGCAACUCGGGCGCCCGCGAGCGUGCCGAGGCGCUAUUCGAGCAGGUGCUGGCUGUGUACCCAGCCCGCGUCGACGUGGCCAGCGCCUAUGUAGACAUGCUCCUCAAAGCCGGGGACAAGGAACAUGUGCGGCAAGUAAUGGAGCGGAUGACGUCACAGAAGCUGCCAGCUAGGAAAAUGAAGGUUUUGUUCAAGAAGUGGAUCGAAGUGGAAGAGAAGAUCGGAGACCAAGACCAAGUGGACAGGAUACGACAACGCGCCAUGGACUACAUAGAGAAAGCCAAGUUUUAAUCGAUACUAUACUUAAUCAAUAUUUAAUAAAUAAACUUACCGAAUUUUUUA